AUGUUCAAGUGUGGUAUCGCCUACCCCAGGUGUAAGUGGAUCCUGCCACUACUCCUUCUCUGCGCCAUCAUCUUCGAUAUCAUCGCCCUGGCCGGCCGGGGAUGGGUGGAGACCGAGUCCGGGAGGGAGUACGCCUCCCUGUGGGAGAGCUGCAAGACCACCGACAACACCUGCAUCUCCAUCAUGGGCUACGCCUGGGGUAAAGCAACAGCUGCACUUCUAAUCAUUGGAUUCAUCAUCCUCAUCGUAUGCUUCAUUAUCUCCUUUGUUGCUCUGUGUUCACCGGUUAUCUCUCUGUUGAGGAUUAUUGGAUUUCUUCUGUUCCUGGCUGUUGUUUUGCAGAUCAUUGCUUUGGUUAUCUACCCUGUAAAGUACACAUCAGACUUCGCAGCGAACAUUGAAAACUACCUGUACAGCUGGACCUAUGGCUUUGGUUGGGGCAGUACAAUCAUUAUGUUUGGCUGUGGAAUUUUCUUCUGCUGCCUUCCCAACUUUGAGGAUGAACUGUUGGGGCAACGUCAAAACCAAAUACUUCUACACAUCUUCCUA